AUGGCCCUAUUUCAAACUAUUGAGACCCCCUUGGUCACCUAUGAACAACCCCUUGGAUUGUUUAUCAACAACGAUUUCGUUAAGGGUGUUGAUGGUAAAACCUUCGAGACAAUCAACCCUCAUAAUGAAAAGCCCAUAGUAGCUGUUCAUGAAGGCACCGCAAAAGACGUUGACCUUGCUGUGACUGCCGCCCGCAAGGCGCUGGAAGGCGAGUGGAAACACACCACACCUUCUAAACGCGGUCAUCUCCUUCUUCGCCUCGCAGACUUACUUGAACGCGACAUCAACACGGUGGCUGCAAUUGAAGCGCUUGACAAUGGCAAGGGUGUGACUGAGGCCAAAGGGGACGUAACUUCUUCGGCUGGUUGUCUUCGCUACUACGGUGGCUGGGCCGACAAAAUAUUUGGCCAAACUAUCGAUACCGACAGCAAUAGCUUCACCUAUACUCAGCAUGAACCCGUGGGUGUCUGUGGCCAAAUUAUCCCAUGGAAUUUUCCACUGCUCAUGUUUGCUUGGAAAAUUGGCCCUGCUGUUGCUACAGGUAACACAGUUGUUCUCAAAACCGCAGAGCAAACGCCUCUAUCAGCGCUUUAUGUAGCUACUCUUAUUAAAGAGGCUGGAUUUCCUCCUGGAGUAAUCAACAUUAUUUCAGGAUUCGGAAGAACAGCCGGAGCAGCAAUUGCUACUCAUAUGGAUAUUGAUAAAGUCGCAUUUACCGGGUCAACUCUAGUAGGCCGCCAAAUCUUGCGAGACGCUGCUAAUAGCAAUUUGAAAAAGGUGACCCUCGAACUUGGAGGUAAAUCACCCAAUAUCGUUCUUCCUGAUGCAAAUCUAGAAGAUGCGGUUACAUGGGUUAACCAGGGGAUAUUUUUCAAUCACGGGCAAUGCUGCUGUGCGGGUUCUAGGAUCCUUGUCCACGAGUCUAUUUAUGAUGAAUUUCUCGCACUGUUCAAAAAGCGCGCCCAGCAGAAUAACGUUGGUAACCCUUUUAAUCCUGAAACAUUCCAAGGCCCUCAGGUAUCCCAGGUGCAGUACGACAGGAUCAUGGAAUAUAUCACAGACGGAAAGCGCUCAGGGGCAAAAGUCAUUACAGGUGGUGAUCGGCAUGGAAACGAAGGAUAUUACAUUCAGCCCACGAUUUUUGCGGAUGUGAACGAAAAUAUGGCAAUUGUCAAAGAGGAGAUAUUUGGACCUGUAUGUACAGUACAGAAGUUUCGCGAUGAGAAGGAAGCCAUUAUUAUGGCCAAUGAAACAAACUAUGGCCUUGCCGCAGGUAUUCAUACCACCAAUAUCAAUGCCGCCAUCAGAGUAUCGAAGGCAAUCAAAGCAGGAACUAUUUGGGUCAACAACUACAACACCCUUCAUUACCAAAUGCCAUUUGGUGGCUUUAAGGAGUCGGGACUGGGUCGAGAGCUAGGAUCAUAUGCCCUCGAAAACUACACGGAGGUGAAGACAGUUCGUGUCCAACUUUCCCAGUCCUAG